UCUUGCAUAACCAAAUGCCAUUUUCUUUGCCAAAAAGCAUACUGGUAUUUGUGCAGAAAUAUUGUACACUCAGUGGCCUGUUUAUCAGGUACACCCACAUACCAGGCCAGACCACUUUGCCUCUAGAACAACCUGAAUUAAUCAGGACAUGGAUUCCACAAGCUGAUGGAAACGUUUCAUAGGUAUGAUGUUCCAUGUUGGUAUCACGCAGUUGGAGCCGAUUGGACAGCGGUUCAUUCAUGCUUGAGUAAAGCCAUUUUCCUCUCAUUACAUGGGUUUAUGUCUGGGGACUGCAUGGGCCACCGACCAUCACUAGUUUCCUCACAUUGUCGGAUCUGGGAUCGCAGUUGAAACUGGGUGUCCACCGAUAACCCAACCGUGUCGAGGAACGAUGAGUUGUGAUCAGUUCUGUAUACCAAUGUUGUACUGCGCACGCCUGCACGUUUCUUGGAAUUUUUCGAGUUAUUAUGGCACAUAUGACUACCAUUCUUGUUUAAGUCUGGAUAUUGCCCUAAAAUACAGCUGCGAAUGCGUGCUGAGACACUGGAACCUGCGCACCUGGCACCAAUACCACGCUCAAAGUCGUUCUACUGAAUGGUAUCUGACAGUUUCUGCCGGAUUGAUAUAGCACGCGACGGCUAUGUGACUUACUUUCGAUAGUAGUACUGUGAACGGGUUGGCGUACUUCCACUAUGAGUUUUUCACAAUAAUACCCAAAUAACUCAAGAACAAAUAGUUGUGGCAUGUUUCCAAAAAAGAAGUGCCUCGUGUUUUCUGAUGUUUACGGUAAAGGGGCAUUGCUUGUCACGUGAUCAUCGAGAGCAUCUUUUUGGUCCAUUUUGGAUGAUACCGAGAGCCCUUGUAGCUAGAGGCGACACCCGAAAAUGACAAAAUUGCAGUUUUUAAACGUCUUUCUGACCGAGCGACUAAUGCUCGCUGCCCAGGAGAUCUAUAAAUCUGUCGAAGACACGAUUUUGGAAUACCAGGAAGAGAUUGCACUCAGGGAAAGGGAGAACGACCAUCUGAGGCGCAGGCUCCGAGACGCUGGGAUUGAAAUAUGGCCAGACCGUCAGUCCAUAGCACUAUUGGAGGAGGAGGAUGGCGAGCAUCCCCGUCGGGAGUGGAGCCCCAGCAUGGGCCAUGAGGAGCGCGUCCCCAUCCUAAUCAAGGAGAAACGGGAGCUCCGGUCAAGCCAAGGGGAAGAGCAGCUCCGCGGCCACGGCUCAUGCAGCACCCCGGAGUCCAUGUUCACCCCUCCCCGCGUCAGCAACGAAUACCCGCAGGACCCUCCCCACUCUUCUAACCUGCCUCAGAACCCGUCUGUGGAGAACCGAGAGAGAGAGCCUGGUCCCAGAAGCUCCUCGAGGCACGUCAAGUCAGAAGGGUCCCACAGAGGCUCAUCGUCAUCUUCGUCCAACAGCGGUCCUCAGCCCCUCGCCACGGUUAACCCCAACUGUUCCAAUGAGAACAACAUUGACAUCAUCGGGGUGGAAAACGGAGGACAGAUGAUGGGGUCUGGGUCUAAAGGGCGAGCCAGUGGAAGCAGAGGCCAGAGCUCCCAUUUAGGCAACCAGGGUGCUAACGCAGCAGUGGUGGCGGAGUGCGGGAAAUCCCCUCUCCAGGUACACGCAUCAUCGUUCUGCUGCAAGGUGUGCGGGGAGGCGUUCAGUCACGUCGGACACCUGCACGUCCACGUCCAGGUGCACACCCGAGAGAAGCCCUAUCGUUGCGGGGUGUGCGGGAAGUGCUGCAGCUCCUCAGGCAGGCUCCAGGAGCAUGCCCGGAGUCACACGGGCGAGAAGCCCUACCGCUGCCAGAUGUGCGGGAAGGGCUUCACCCAGAUGGCCCACCUAAAGGUCCACAUGAGGAUCCACACAGGAGAGAAGCCGUACAGCUGCCCGGUGUGCGGCAAGUGCUUCAGUCGCUCUGACAAAAUUAAACGGCACCUCCAGACCCACAGCCGUGAGGGCACCUACUUCUCAGGGCAGUGAAAUGAGGGAGACUGCACCCGCGUGGUGAUUGUUGUUUGUUGAUGAUUGACUCAGUGUGUGAAUGAAUUACUGGGACACUAUGGGACUUUAUAAAGCUAAAAUGGCUGCCACUAUGAUGAGGCAAAUUUUAAAUUUUUCUCUCUUUCAAAGAGGUAGGGAUUCCACAACUUUCUUAAGAGAAUGUUUUAUUUCCUAAGUAACACGUCUCCAUGCCAUUGUCUCUCUUGCAAUAGGAUUGGUAUUGCAUUUAUAGUCAAUUUACUGUGUCCAUUAACUCCCCUUUUUGUACUACUGUCACUGAAUGAAAUAAUAGGGAGUCUUUAAAAACACCAAAUUCGAUGGCGUUAGUAGGUAGUCUUUGAGUUCUUUAGCUUUUCUUUUAGUAAAAAACUUGAUAGCAUGAUUAUAAUGAAGUCUUCCACUAUGGGCCUUGAAACGGAGAUGCAUUCAGGAUUGCAACAAUGAGCAUCAUUCCAUAACUGGUGGUUUUGCCCCAGACAAUUUGCACAGGGCCAAUACACACCAAUUGUACUUUUCUGAAAGCAAUGGUUGUUUUAACAUUAUUUCGUUUUUGAGUUAUAUAUUUUUUUGAUAUCCGGAAAUCUUAUUUCCUCAGUCACCUAGCAGAAUUCUUAAAACAUCUGUUUUUGUUACAGUUUCUUUUUAACACUGGUUAACUGUAAGGGCAUUGACUGAACAGUUGUCCAUUCCAUGCAUUUCCAAAUAUGGGUAUAAGUACGCAUAGCCAUUGUUAGUGAGGUUGAAAUUUUAUGUUACCAAUAUAAUACAGAAGGCAGGGCUAUGUUUAUGUACGUUUAGCCACCUCAAGACUCCCAGAUACAAUGUUAAGGAUUUCUCUCACUCCUGUUAAUGUUAAGAAAAUGUAUACUGCCACCUGAAUUUCAUUUGACUCGCAGUUGAUUUUUAAAAUAAUAAACAAUACAAUAACAUGCUAUAAUCACAGGAUUUUAUAAUAUCAUGCUUUUCAGAGGAAUAUCAUAGUCUUGUUCUUCAAGAGAAAUGUUAGUCCUGAAAAUUAUAAUGAUUGAAAUGAGGGAAAUUCUGUAUAUGACCACUAUCUACAGCCUACCUCUACUUGCGGGUAGGGUUUGUGUGUCAUCACUAUGACCAGUAUUUGAUGGACACCGUGCAGGGCCAUACAGUUCUGCUCUGGGUCUUUCUGUGCAGCUUGUUCUUUAGGCUUAGUCCUGAGCUAGGUGCCACACAUUUAUUCCACAUAGCGAAGGUUUCACAUUGAGGGCCAGUUAACGGAAAAUGUAAUCCUUUAUUUUAUUUUUGUAAUUUUUUUUUUACAACUCCAAUCAAGUCACUUCCUGGAAUAAGAAGCACUUUAGAUAGUGCUCGAAAUUGAGGUCUGCACUUAUCACAGAAAUGUGUCUGGACUUAACCUGUAGAACUGUAUGUGUGUGUGUGUAUAUAUAUAUAUAUAUAUACACACAGUACCAGUCAAAAGUUUGGAUAGGUAGGACACCUACUCAAUCAAGGGUAUUUCUAUUUUUUUCCUAUUUUACAUGUUGUAAAAUAAUAAAAAAGACAAAAACUAUGAAAUUACAGAUAGGGAAUCAUGUAGUUACCCAAAGGUGAUAAACAUAAAAAUACAUUUCACCUAGUAAAUUCUAUAAAGUUCCCACCUUUUGCCAUGAUGACAGCUUUUCUCAAACAGUUUCAUGAGGUGGUCACCUGAAUGCAUUUUAAUUAACAUGGGUCUUGAUAAAAGUUAAUCUUUCAAUCCUAAUGCAGUAGUGUGGGUGUACAGAAGACCAUCAUUAUGUCUGUACUGUUGUAGUCCAUAUUAUGACAAGAACAGCUGAAGUACGCAAAGAGAAACGACAGUCCAUGAUUACUUUAAUUUUAAGGUUAGUUGAUCUGUAAAAUUUCUAUUAGUUUUAAAGUUUCUUCAAGUGCAGUAGUAUUAACCAUCAUGCCCUAUGAUGAAACUGGCUCUGAUUAGGACUGCCACAGGAAAAGAAGACCUAAAGUAAUGUCUGCUUCAGAUGAUCAAUUCAUUAGAGUUACCAGCCUCAGAAGUCUGCAAAUGACUGCACCUCAGAUUGCAGGCCAAAUGAAUGCUUCAAAGAUUUAAAGUAACAGACACAUCUCAACAUCAGCUGUUCAGAGGGGACUGUAAAUCAGGCCUUUAUGGUGGAAUUACUACAAAAGAGACCACUACUGAAGGACACCAUUAAGAACCGACUUGCUUUGGCCAAGACAUGAGAAAUGGACGUUAGACUGGUGAAGAACUUCGGUCUGAUGAGUCCAAAGUUUCUGGUUUCAGCCGCCUUGUCUUUGUGCAAAGCAGAUCUCUGCAUGUGUGGUUCCACUUUGAGGAAGAUGUGUGACAAUGUAGGGAUCCUAUGCUGGUGACACUGAUUUAUUUAGGGCACAUAGCACACAACCAUGAUGGUGAAAUGCAUUUUGAGUUGUUUAACACUUAUUUGUUUAACAAUGUGUUAUUUCACGGUUUUGAUUUCUUCAAUGUUAUUCUACAAUAUGGUAAAUAGUAAAGCUGAAGAAACACCCUUAAAUGAGUAGAUGUGUCUUAACGUUUGAGUGGUACUGUAUAUAUCAGCUAGCAUGAGCAGUGCCCAUCUGAGAUUGACACUCAUGAAUAAACAGUGGGCUCAUGGCCUGGAGCAGAAACAAACCUUUGCCCUGAUCUACUAGGCAAGUGUCUUGGGCAAUAAUGACUGAGGGUUUGUUACUGGACAGGGCCAUUAUCUCCUCUCAGGACUGAGGGUUCUACAGUAGGCUCUCUAACUUGACCAGCAUCCCUCCCCUUCCUUUUUCUCUCUCUUCCCUACACAAUCUAUUCUGGGACUCUGCUGCUCCCACACACAUUACUGUGCAGUGUUGUAUCAUUGUGUACUAAAUGUUAUUUUUUAAUAAAGUAGUAAUUGAGUA